GGAGAUUACACGCUAAACGAAUGCAUAUUCCUUUAUUAAACAAUGGAAACAGAUGAAAAGACAAUUGUUCUAGAUACUUCAAAUAAACAGGAUUUAACUCAUGAUUUGCAAUUGAUUUCAAAGCUAAAAACCAUGAAGUGCCCAGUCUGCCCGGCCAACCAAAAGAGACAUGGGGACAGAUGCUUGGCAGCAAGUUCAAUUUGGCCAUGGGUGUAAUCUUCACAGUGGUCGCCUACUUUGAUUUCAAUCUCCUCAUAAUGUUAUCAAAUUUAGGGAAGCCUUUUUUAGGACAAUCUACUUUGCUCAGAUUUAUUUUCACUGCAUUUUGUCAUCUUUUAAUUUUUUGCAUAAACAAAUACAUAAUUGCUGAGUUCGUGAAUUGGUGUCUGAGACAAGAAACCUAUUUUUACAGAACCUUCACCAGCGGAACCUCUAGCACCCUCGCUAGCAGGGACUGCUCGGCACACAGACAGAACACUGGCGAAGGCUUGAAAUGUGGAAACCCCGCAGGAUGUCGUAAUCGUGACUUGACAUCAAGCCGUGAGAAUAAGUUAAGGAAUAAAUCAAUGCUUCAACUCGAUGACGUCAUUCAGCGCUACGCCUGGCAAAAGCUGCUAAAGGAAUCUAACGAGGUGCAAAGGCUAGAGCUGCAGGCAUCUGAGGGUGACCACAUCUGUCAGGUGGACUGGACGGCGCUGACUAUCGAGCACAGGGUCACUAAAUUUUCUCCCAAGGUGAAGGAUGGAACAGUGAUACCGACCCCCCGGGGAGACGUACAAACAGGCACGCAAUGGGUCAAGCUCGUGACGUGUUACUAUGACAACCAAGUCAACAGUAUACAAAGCUAUACGUUUAGGGGAUCACGUGACACGACAUCGUGGGUGGACGUGGAUCUGAAACAAUUCUACACAAUCAACAAUGAGGUGUGUGCCAAGUUAAACUUCCCUCAAUAUUUACAAGUCGGCAUAGACAAUACCGUCAGUCUUAACAAGGUCAAAGGUGAAGUGUUCCAAAAGAUUCACACCUGGGAGCUCAAAUCACGAGUUAAAGUUGAGCCAUCGUCUCGAGCCCAUGCUCAGCUGUUAGCGAGACAAGAGUGCUCUGUCGUGGAGUUUGAGAUUCGAACCACUUUGUCCAACCUUAAAGAAGCUAUUCCCGUGACCUACAGAGGAAUUAAUAACAAUCAGUCCCUGUUUAAGGUGAACAUUGAAAACUUACAUGAGGCUUUUAGGCUUGUGGAAGAGGGUGGAGUUCUUACACCUGAAGAAAAGGCUUGUGUGGAGGUGGUGGUAGAGAGGUGGCUGGACGAAGAUGGCGUGGAGCACUCGACCUCCUACCCCCAGAUCAUCACCCGGGGCACCUGUGUCUGCGUCAGCUGGUCUGACCAGAAAGUGGACAUCAAGACCAGUCCAUUGUCAAUGGACGAAAAAGAACUCAAUUCAUUUGUCGUCGUCCGUUAGCCAGACUGAUAUACACAGCUGGUCUCGAUACUUAAUAUACUCUAAAUCUACCCUACG